AUGCACGCCGCCACAGCUGCGGCCUCGCGUCACGUUGGCAGCGCCUGCAGGGGGGCGGUUGCUGCUGCGCUGCGGUAUGCAAACUUGAGCCUCAGGAGCAGCAAAUGCUGCUUCACCAAUCUUGCUGCUGCCAGCACUAAAAAGGCUCCCGUGUCUAUCGGCAGCAGCGACCCAACUGCUGCUGCAGACAGGCGCAGCUCCGUUCCGCUUUCUGCGUUCAACCAGCCCCGCGCAGAGCUCACCCAGCUGCCAAACGGCAUUCGCGUGGCUUCUCAAAGUCUCCCCUUUUCGGAAACAAUAACUGUAGGAGUUUGGAUUGACAGCGGAAGCCGUUUUGACCGGAAGAGUACAAAUGGCGCGGCUCACUUCCUGGAGCACAUGGCCUUCAAGGGCACCAAGAAGCGCUCGCGCAUUCAACUCGAGCAGGAAAUCGAGAACAUGGGGGCCCACUUGAAUGCCUACACUUCUCGCGAACAAACCGUCGCAGCAGCGCUGCAGCAGUGCAGCAGCGUGCGCAGCAGCAGCUGUCUGCGCAGGUACUACGCGAAAGCGUUCAAAAAGGACCUUCCGCAGUGUCUAGACAUCCUCUCGGACAUUCUUUUGAACUCCACCAUUGACAAAGAUGCUUUAGAAGUUGAAAAAAGAGUUAUUUUGCGGGAAAUGGAAGAAGUCGAAAAGCAAACUGAAGAAGUCAUCUUCGACAGGCUCCACAUGACCGCGUUUCGGGACAGCCCUCUGGGCUUUACGAUCCUGGGCUCAGCUGAGAACGUGGAGAAGAUGCGAAGAGAAGACCUGCUGGACUACAUCGCGCGGAACUACAGCAGCAGCCGCGUGGUGGUGGCCGCUGCAGGACCAGUGGACCACCGCCGGCUGGUGGACCUGGUCCAGUGGUCCUUUGCAAACCUCCCAGUUUCCAAACCCCAAACCAUUUCCGUUCCAGACCCUAAACCCUUUUUCUGCGGCUCCGAACUCAUCUACAGGGACGACGACAUGGGGCCCAUCGCCCACAUUGCUGUCGGCUUCGAGGGCGUCCCCUGGAAGUCCCCAGACGUGGUGGCGUUCAUGCUGAUGCAGGCGAUCAUCGGCAGCUACAGAAAGCACGACGAGGGGCUGGUGCCGGGGAAGCUGAGUGCGAACACGACAGUGCGGAACAUCGCGACGAAAAUGCAAACUGGAUGUGCAGAAAUGUUUUCAGCUUUCAAUACUUGUUACCGGGACACUGGGCUCUUCGGCUUCUACGCGCAGUGCGACGAAGUCGCCGUCGAGCACUGCGUUCUGGACCUCAUGCACGGGAUCACGGCUCUUUCCUACAGCGUCACCGACGAGGAAGUUGAACGGGCAAAGGCGCAGCUGACGACUCAACUGCUCGGCCACCUCGACUCGACAACUUCCGUCGCUGAAGACUUGGGCCGGCAAAUUCUAGUCUACGGCCGCCACGUCCCCACUGCGGAGUUCCUCAUGCGCCUCAACGCAAUCGACGCCGACGAAAUUAAACGAGUCGCCUGGAAAUACCUCCACGACAAAGAAGUGGCAGUGAGCGCGAUGGGGCCUCUGCACGGAAUGCCGCAGCUAAUUGACAUCCGGCGGGCGACUUACUGGCUGCGGUACUGA